AUAGCCCCACUUAUUUUUACACCCUCACACUGUGUCUGUGUUGUUGCUGUCGGCCGGGGAACACCUGGAAAUGGCGAGUAAGCUUGUGCCAACGGAAGUAGAAGAACUCCUACCCUCUGUGGAUGACACAAAGCUAGGUACCGGUGACCUAUUCAAUAUUGAAAAUGAGGUACUUGAUAUUUCACCACAAUGGAAGAAAUUUGGAGGUGCAUUGAAUAUUGACGAAAAGGUACUAGAAGAAUUGCGGCUGAGAAGAGAGGCGACCCAGGAGAAUGUCUGCGUGAGACGCUGCAUGAGUUCCUGAAGAUGAACUAUGACACCAAGGCUCACGGGCAACCUUCGUGGAGGCUCAUUGUGCAAGCAGUGGCACACCGCAAUGGAGGAAACGACAAAGAGGUUAGCACUGGAUAUCGCCCACAACCACUCUACAACAAAGACUACCAAUGGUGCCUCUGGUAAUGGACCCACUGGAGGAGGUGCUAGGCUGAGAACUCUGGCAAGGCUGAGAACACUGGCAAGGCUGAAAACAAGGCCAUCCUUAAAAAAGUAUUUUAGACCGACUCAAGAGAUAGCCCCUCACUGGGAAGACGUGGUCACCUACCUUGGCAUCAGUCAGGCAGUGAUUGUCAAUGCCAAGAGGCAGCUCAGUGACACCGACUCAGUCAGGGAGGCACUUCGGGAGUGGAUAACAUCAGACGUGGAGGCAUCCUGGUCGAAGCUGAUAAAUGCGAUGAAAACUGUACCUGGUCUGGUGGUUUCAGCCAAGGAGUUCCGUACUGCACUUCUCCACAUUGCCGACGACGACAGUGAUGACGACGAUUAG